ACCCCAUCAUACUUAAAAUCUAGGACAAAGAGCCGUCAGGACGGAACUGCUUCGACUGCAAAGCUUGAAGCUGAGCUUGGGAGCGGCCUGACGGCCCGAGCCCAUCAGCUCCACUGUGCAGAGCGCUCUGGGGUCCCUGAAAUCCGAAACCCCGGCGCAGAACCGGCGGAAACCAGAGCAAAACCCUUGAACUUUUCUGGACAAUUGCUUCCGGGCGUUUCAAGGAAGCCAGGGGACCGGACGGGAGUCCCGGCCGCGAAUGGCGAGCCCCUGAGGUCCUGUGGACACAAGAGAGGCCAGCGCUCCGGCUGCAGCAUGGACCGCGCGGGGAGCCUGGGCGCGGGCCUGCGGGGAUUCUGCGUGGCUGCGCUCGUGCUCGUGUGCGCCGGACACGGGGGACGUCGCGAGGACGGGGGACCAGCUUGCUAUGGGGGAUUCGACCUCUACUUCAUCCUGGACAAGUCAGGAAGCGUGCUGCACCACUGGAAUGAAAUCUACUACUUUGUGGAGCAGCUGGCUCACAGAUUCAUCAGCCCACAGCUAAGGAUGUCCUUCAUUGUCUUCUCCACUCGAGGGACAACCUUAAUGAAGCUAACUGAGGACAGGGAACAGAUUCGACAAGGCCUAGAAGAACUCCAGAAAGUUCUGCCAGGAGGAGACACUUACAUGCAUGAAGGAUUUGAAAGGGCCAGCGAACAGAUUUACUAUGAAAACAGUCAAGGAUACAGGACAGCAAGUGUCAUCAUCGCACUGACGGAUGGGGAGCUGCAUGAAGAUCUCUUCUUCUACUCAGAGCGGGAGGCUAACAGAUCCCGGGACCUUGGCGCAAUUGUUUACUGUGUUGGUGUGAAGGAUUUCAAUGAAACUCAGUUGGCUCGGAUUGCAGACAGUAAGGACCAUGUGUUUCCUGUGAAUGACGGCUUUCAGGCCCUUCAAGGCAUAAUCCACUCAAUUUUAAAGAAAUCUUGCAUCGAAAUUCUGGCAGCUGAACCGUCUACCAUAUGCGCAGGAGAGUCUUUUCAAGUGGUCGUAAGGGGAAAUGGCUUCCGACACGCCCGCAACGUGGACAGGGUCCUCUGCAGCUUCAAGAUCAACGACUCGGUCACACUCAACGAGAAGCCGUUUGCUGUGGAAGACACGUACCUGCUGUGUCCCGCACCCAUCUUAAAAGAAGUCGGCAUGAAAGCUGCCCUGCAGGUGAGCAUGAACGAUGGCCUGUCCUUCAUCUCCAGUUCCGUCAUCAUCACCACCACACACUGUUCAGAUGGCUCCAUCCUGGCAAUUGCCCUGCUGAUUCUCUUCCUGCUGCUGGCCCUGGCGCUGCUCUGGUGGUUCUGGCCUCUCUGCUGCACAGUGAUCAUCAAGGAGGUCCCGCCACCCCCAGUUGAGGAGAGUGAGGAGGAAGACGAUGACGGUCUGCCUAAAAAGAAAUGGCCCACGGUAGAUGCCUCUUACUACGGUGGACGCGGUGUGGGAGGCAUCAAAAGGAUGGAGGUUCGCUGGGGAGAGAAGGGCUCCACGGAAGAAGGGGCUAAGCUGGAAAAGGCAAAGAACGCGAGAGUCAAGAUGCCAGAGCAAGAGUAUGAGUUCCCGGAGCCCCGAAAUCUCAACAACAACAUGCGCCGGCCUUCCUCCCCCCGAAAGUGGUAUUCGCCCAUCAAGGGAAAACUCGAUGCCUUGUGGGUUCUGCUAAGAAAGGGAUAUGACCGAGUGUCCGUGAUGAGACCACAGCCGGGAGACACGGGGCGCUGCAUCAACUUUACCAGAGUGAAGAACACUCAGGCCGCCAAGUACCCCCUCAACAAUGCCUACCACCCCAGCUCCCCACCUCCUGCUCCUAUCUACACGCCCCCACCCCCUGCUCCCCACUGCCCUCCCCCAGCCCCCAGUGCCCCUACUCCUCCCAUCCCCUCCCCACCUUCCAACCUCCCUCCUCCUCCUCAAGCCCCGCCUCCUAACAGGGCACCACCCCCCUCCCGACCUCCACCAAGACCUUCUGUCUAGAACCCAAAGUCUGUGCUCUGGGCUGCCUGAGAAACUCCCGGGAGGAGGUUCCUCUACUGUUAGAAAGAUCUUCCCAGCCCAAGGUGGUGAGCGGUGACUGACCCCUGCACGAUUUCAAAGCAAGUCGUGAUGGGCAGAACAAAAUGGAAAUUUUGAACUGCCUGAAAACAAACAAUGAGACAAUUGCAGUCACAUUUCUAGCCUGUGACCCCUCACCUCUAGAAGAAGGUUCCAGAGAUGGCUACACUGCCAAGAUGCUCUCAACCAGAUCAUGUCCCAUGGAGACCAGGAAGGAAGUAAUUUCUGAGAACGGAAUGCAGCGUUCUUGGAUAAGAAGUAACCUGUUUGAGAUUCUGAAUGCCACUUUCCUCCAUGACUUGACUCUUGACCCUUGGACUGGGAACCAGGCCAUCUUUACCCCUGGGCACUGCCCAGCAACUCUGAAAAGGUGUGGUGUCCCCAGGGUGCAUCAAGCAGGUAUUCACCGGGAAUCACAGGAUGUCUUAUAUAAGAACACAUGCUCUAUUCUCCUUCCCAAACCCCCCAGUUUCCCGGUGAGGGAAGCAGUCUUGGCGGUGGGAAAGUCAUGUUGCCAUGCUGAGACGUUAAUGGAGCCAGUCCUUAGCACCGAUGAGCAAGCCUUGAUGGGAGCAUCCAGCUGGUACAUCUAGAGGUGGCUGACUUCAGCCAGGCACAGUCCCUAAACCACCAAGCCUUGUCAUUGUCAAAGGCAGCCUGCUAACCAUUUGCCUUAAACAUCGGGGUUUGGCUUUGACAUUGGUCAGAGCUGAUCACAUGGCGCCUUCCAUAUGAGGUCACAAGGUCCUUCAUCUUCAGUACACCAGAGAUUUCGAAGUCCAGCUGAGAGACAGUGGUCCUGACCUGAUAAGAAAACUAUUCCCCGUUGAUUCUCUCAGAAACAAGCCAUUGUGUGUAGAAGCAGGUGUGCUUCUCCUUGGCCCUUCAAUCUACUCACAAAUAUUAGCACUUGUUAAACAAGCGGGGAAUGCACCCUGUGUGUAACACAGAAAAUCCCUGCCUGAAACUGCCACCCCAUUCCUCCACAUCAGCCGCCUGAUCAGUGAGCCCUUUAACCUCAUGUAAAUCCUGGGCAUUGUUACCCAACCAUGAAAACAGAGGUCGUUGUCAAAGGCAGUGUGCAGCCCCUCCAAAAUCAUGUUCCUACCCUCAGUUUUCCAUGGGUCCCGAAAUUCCCAUCUCAGGCUCCCAAAACUAUAAACUCUUCGCUGGAACAAAAGAUUGAAAAUAAAUAGAAGCUUUUGUGCUUUGGGCCAUGCUCCACAAAGACCCCUUAAGAAUCCAAGUUAGCCUCCUUCUUUCUGUUUAUUUAGAGCAGAGGCGUCAGAUGUGGUGUGUUCUGUAGGCACCAAUUCUUGUUCCCCAGGCUGACAUUUCUAAUUAGCCUCAGGACUAUUUCUCAGUUUAGCCCAAUGAUAUUUUGCCACAACACUUCAAACCGCAGCUCUAAUGGCCUGCCAGUCAUCCCUUAGAAUUGACAGAGAUAAACACUAUUUGCAAUCCCCACCUUUGGAGAAGCAGAGGAGAAUGGGGGAAUUUCCGGCAUGAAAGGUAUUGUCUGGGGAGACUCAACCUAGGGGAGCCUAAGUCCGUGACCAUGAUGGCCCAUCCACGGUGCCAACACCAAAGUGACACUUUUGUACCCCAGAUCUCGCCAUGCCCUGCUUUUCAGGACUUAGGGACGUGACCUCCCUUACUCUUUCUGUGCCCUGCACUUGCCACUUGUAGAACAAAGCUUCUUUAGUGCAAGUCCCUCAUUAAACAAGGGUGGUGGCAUUGCUGGGCCCCAGACACCCAUUCCCAGGAGGAUGGGCUCCCCAGGCUCACAGCAUGCGGACGAUGAGCCCCCUCCCCUUGGCUACUGUUUUGACUGCUGGCAGUACAAAACAGGCCCCCCACACACACCACGACUGCACAUUUGUGUGGCCAUAAGAAAGUCUGAACCAAGAUGCUGGCGUUGCUGUUCAACAAAAGUGGGAUCCAGGGAAGGCAACGGGCUCCCAAGAGCAGGCCACCCUGUGCCCCGUACAGUUUUCUAAGAGGCCGUAGUAAAGUGUCUGAGGAAUAAGGGAUGUUGGUACAUGGUGAUUCUGAGAAGAUUUUUGCAAGGUUUGACCUUAGAAUUGACUCAAUAUGUCUUCCCUGGUCAUUCAGAAUUAUGAUUAGAAGUUUCUAGAAACUGAACAAGGUUACUACCUUUCAUAGUAGGCUACUCUGGGCAGGAAAGUCUACCUGGUUUACAAAGUCCAUCGGUUCUGUGUCGUUCCCUGUAAGCAGCAGGAGAUGGUGGUUCUAAUUAGGAAACCGCGUGUGUUAUUUGUUUGACCCCUUGUUAUUGUCCUUAUGGAGUUUUUUUUAUAUAAAAGCCAAAUUUUGUUGUAUAUAUUCAUAUUCCACGUGACAGAUGGAAGCACGUCCUAUAGGUGUGAAUAAAAAGAACAGUUGUAGUAAAUUAUUAAAGCCAGUGAUGUUUCACGGCAGGUUACUCUCCAAGCUGUGCUUGUUGAUUUCCCACGACCAUACCGCUUUAAUGUACCAAUAGUUACUGAACCGACGACACCCUCGUUUACACAUCAGUGACAGCCUUGCUGAGAACUGCGGUCAGUCCCUCUGCAGACAGCUCACUCACCAACAGGGUCCUGCCUGGAGCUUGGCGCCUGCGAGACAGAAGAGCUGUCUCUCCCCAGCACCAGGGACAAAGCUACCCAUGAACCAAGGGAAAGUCUUGGCUCUCAGCCACGGGUGGGGGGUCUCACUAGGACCCUCAGGAGGAGCAGACAUGAGCUUCACUUGCCACCUGCACUCAACGUGGUGGUGGGAAAUCCAUCAAAGGAUGAGUGUAAGAUACUGACCCACAGUUCAGCAGCAGAAGGGAUUCAUGCUGUGUAAAGGGUGGAAUUUGUAUUGCGAGCCCUAGCAAGCCUGUUGUACUCACCAGGAGGAAGGGAAGGGAGCAUGCUGGUCAGCUGUCUCUUAGCUAUCUGAGUCUGGCUACAAUUAUCAUGCUUGGAGAACCGACUUAAAAGAAUUAGAAUAUGAUUUCUGGAUGCACAUAACGUUAGACUCUUCUCUUUUUCUAUGAUAAUUCAGUUAUGGAUGUUCAGCAUCUCCGAGUCGUUGUUAUGAAAGAUCUGUCAUCACUGUACCGUGCUGUAGGAGACUAGGCUGAACCUGUACAAUGGUAUACCCUGGAAGUUGCUUUUUUAAAAGAAUAAUAAUAAAUACCUAAAACCA